AACAUUGGCAUGACCCAUUCGGUGCCGUCAGACUUCCUGCAGACCCCUGACCUCAAGAAGUUCGUUAAUGACAUGGUGAAUUGCAACAUCCUUUCAACUCUGAAGAUGACGGAAGCCAUCCUUCCUCAAAUGGUCGCCAGGAAGAAGGGGAUCAUAAUAAACAUCUCCUCUGGAAUCGCCUGGAGACCCAUGCCCUGGGCUGCGAUGUACUGCGCCUGCAAGGCUUCCGUGGAUUUGUUCUCGCGGGCAUUAAAUGAGGAAUACAGGUCUAAAGGCAUCAUUGUACAAGUAUGUUGCAACUGAAAUAGCCUUUUAACUCCUUUUUUCCCCUCUAC